AUAUGAACCGUUUGGGAGUCGACUCGUAAGGGUGAGCCGAGCCAAAUGUUCUGAAAAAAACAUAUAUAUGAAAAAUGUAUAACAAAAUGCAUGAAAACAGAUAAGAUUUAGUUAAAAACAAAACAAAGACAGCAAUGUUGACGAAAUAUGUUUAAUAUAUGUGUACGGGGAAAAAUACACGUUUUUCUUCCAUAUACAGAACAGAGAGAACAGUGGAGCAGUACAGGGGGGAAAAGAGUAGCCAAUCAAGACGCAGCUCUGUUGUCAUGGCAACACCUCUAACGUCAUAGGCUUUAAGUGCAGGACGUUAAGGUUGCCAUGUUGUUACGGCAAAAUCCCGUAAAUUAUUAUGGCUCUGCGGAUGAACGUGUGUGUUGUAGAUGUAAACAGUGAGGAUUUUCUUUGUUUUUUAUUUGUUUACAUUUUUACAGUUUACAUUAUAUUGGGUUGCUUUGUUCAUUUUUUAAAAAUAUAAUGUUUCUUUUAAUGCAUAAAAUAUUUUAAUUGAGAUAUUUUUACACCAAUAAAAGUUCCCCAAGCUUUAUAUAACCUCACAUUUGUAAUAGUCAGUUACGUUGAACUUUUUAAUAAAAUACGAUUCAUUCUCUACCUCUCGAUUAUGUUCGCAUAAUAAUGUUAUUUAUUCAAUCAUUAAAGUGUUAACUAUACUGGUGAGUUAUUCACUAAGCUGGCAACCCUGAGCAGGGUCGGAGGAGGGGAUCUGAACAAUGUCCAUCUCAACAUGCACAAAUAAGAGCUGCUGCUGCUGCUUCUGCUUCAUCAGAGCUAAAGAAGAAGAGAAAUGUUCCUGCGAAAGCCCUCCUGUACCAUCAGGGGUUCCUAGGGGGUGGAUGUGUGGUCCAGUUACGGUUUAAAUCACUAUCUGUAAUCCAGUGUCUCAGGCUGAGGCUCAGCACAUGAUUGUGAAAGGGAUGAGUUCUCUCCGGCCGUGUGGCUGCUCCUCGAUCGUGUCCGACGGAUGCGAACCUCAGCAUCAUGACCACAGCGCUGGACAACAUAUCGACUUCGGCCCUGAUCUGGGAAACGGGGACGACGAGUUCUCCGGUUCCUCAGAUUGCAGCUGUGAACAGCACAUCUGGAGUGACACCUCUGGAGGUCUCAGAGGGAAGCUCAGUGCUGCGAGGUAUAGCCGUGGCAGCUCAAGCUCUCCUCCUCCUGUCCAUCUUUCUGCUGUCCAGUUUGGGAAACUCUGCCGUGGUAAUAGUGAUCAUCAAACACCGGCAGCUCAGGACGGUCACCAACGCCUUCAUCAUGUCUCUUUCGCUGUCUGACUUCCUCACAGCUGUGCUCUGCCUGCCCUUCUCCUUCAUCAUGCUGUUCAGUAAGGACGGCGCGUGGAUAUUCGGCGAGCGUUUCUGCAUCGCCAACGGGUUUUUCAACACCUGCUUUGGGAUCAUCUCUACGCUCACCAUGACGCUCAUCUCCUUCGAUCGCUAUUACGCUAUCGUCAGGCAACCGCAGGAGAAGAUUGGGAGGAAGAAGGCCAUCCAGCUGCUGGUGGCCGUCUGGAUGUCGGCGGUGAUCUUCUCUUUCCCGUGGUAUCUCCUCGUACGGACGUCAGAGCACCUCGUCAUACACAAGCGUGGAUUUUACCACUGCAUGUACGUCUUCCACUCGGGGACGUCUCGCAUGGGCACGGCGUACAGCGUCUCCCUAAUCGUCGUGUGCUACCUCCUUCCAUUUGCACUUAUGUGCUUCUGUCACUACAACAUCUGCAAAACGGUGCGUCUCUCAGAGAUCCGGGUGCGACCUGUCACCACUUACGCGCACCUGCUCCGCUUCUACAGCGAGAUGAGAACGGCUACGACCGUGCUCAUCAUGAUCGUCUUCAUCAUAUUCUGCUGGGGACCCUACUGCCUCAUGGGGAUCGUCACGGCCAUCGGAAACUACGCCUUCAAUCCUGCCAUGGACGCCGUGGCCGUGUGCAUGGCGUGGGCCAACGGCGCCAUCAACCCACUUAUUUACGCCAUGAGGAACCCCAACAUCUCUAUGCUGCUGGGUCGGAGCCGUGAGGAAGGGUACAGGACUAGAAACGUCGCGGCUUAUCUGUCUGCUCAGACUCGAACCCGCAGACGAUCAGUAUCACGCUCGCACGCAAUACGAGAGCGCUACAUCACAGGAACACGUGCUGGUGGAAACAGUCGAGUGUCGUCUUCAAGCCCAGCUAACGGUGGAGAAGUGGCCAUGUGGGCGUGCAAGAACCCAGCAGUGUUCUUCUGCACAGACGCACAUCUCGACACGGCCACCGAACUCGGACAUGAACCAAAACACAACACGGCCAACACCAGUCUCUGAUCUCUGACAUUUUUCCAAUGGCUCGUAUAACAUAUAAACAUAUAUAAGUAGCUGGACUGGCGUUUUAAAUGUCAUUCACAUCGAUGUUUACAUCAUUUUUGAAGUGCCAAACUCUACACCAGGGUGCGAGCAAUCGCAUCACAACACUGUGGAUGCAUCGAAACAUAACAUUUUGGGUUGUGGCGCUUUAAUAUGGGGAGACGAGGGAUGAUGAGGGAGACGAGGGGCGAUGAGGGAGACGAGGGGCGAUGAGGGAGACAAGGGAUGAUGAGGGAGACAAGGGGCGGUCCUAACACUUAUUACUGUUUAUUUAACCUUCCUCUUCAUGCGUCGCCAUGUCUGGUUAUGUGAUUGCACUUUAGGUGUUUAAACUGUUAAAGUGUCAUGUCAUUACAAUGUUACACAAUGGCAGUGUUACAGUGUUACACAAUGGCAGUGUUACAGUGUUACACAAUGGCAGUGUUACAGUGUUACACAAUGGCAGUGUUACAGUGUUACACAAUGGCAGUGUUACAGUGUUACACGAUCGCAGUGUUACAAUGUUACACAAUCGCAGUGUUGCAGUGUUACACAAUGGCAGAGUUACAGUGUUACACAAUCGCAGUGUUACAGUGCUACACAAUGGCAGUGUUACAGUGUUACACGAUCGCAGUGUUACAAUGUUACACAAUCGCAGUGUUGCAGUGUUACACAAUGGCAGAGUUACAGUGUUACACAAUCGCAGUGUUACAGUGCUACACAAUGGCAGUGUAACACAAUGGCAGUGUAACACAAUGGCCGUGUUACAGUGCUACACAAUGGCAGUGUUACAGUGUUACACAAUGUUGCAGUGUUUACAGUGUUACACAAUCGCAGUGUUAUACAAUCACAGUGUUAGUGUUACACAAUGUUGCAGUGUUACACAAUGUUGCAGUGUUACACAAUGUUGCAGUGUUACACAAUCGCAGUGUUACAGUGCUACACAAUGGCAGUGUAACACAAUGGCAGUGUAACACAAUGGCAGUGUUACAGUGCUACACAAUGGCAGUGUUACAGUGUUACAAUGUUACAGUGUUACACAAUGUUGCAGUGUUACACAAUCGCAGUGUUACAGUGUUACACAUUUGCAGUGUUUACAGUGUUACACAAUCGCAGUGUUAUACAAUCACAGUGUUAGUGUUACACAAUUGCAGUGUUACACAAUGUUGCAGUGUUACACAAUGUUGCAGUGUUACACAAUGUUGCAGUGUUACACAAUCGCAGUGUUGCAGUGUUACACAAUCGCAGUGUUACAGUGUUACACAAUUGCAGUGUUACAGUGUUACACAAUUGCAGUGUUACACAAUUACAGUGUUACCGUGUCACACAGUUACAUCAUUACACUGUCCCGGUCUUACUGCAUUAUGAUGUUCUGAUGCUCCUCGUCUCCCUUAAUCAAGUUACAAAGAAAAGAUUUCUUCAUUGCACUAAGAAACUAAAGUAUGAACAAUAGCUGAAUUAUUUACUCAUUCAUAUUUAACUGCAUUUCGUUUGCUCUUUUUUAUUUGUGCACACACACACACACACACACACACUCUUUAUUAUCUCCACUUAAUACACGUUUUUUUCAGAGGUUUUGUGCACACACACAUGCACGCUGAUCUACUCUAGACCAACACUGCUACAGUAUUAAAAACAGCAAGAGAAUCUGUUUACACAAUAAAGAUGGUUUCUGAUCCAACUAAAGUACAAACCGUGUUUAUUAUUAAUCGUCCACGCUCGUAUUGUGUUCGUCCGAAACGUCAAAGGAAAUCUGUCUGAUGUCAAAAACACUCCACUGAUUCCUGCCAGAGCUACGAGCUGUAAACAAAGUACAGAAACUUUAUUUAACAGAUGAAGCCAAAAACAAGAAAAGGAAAAAAACUCCAAACCAAAUGACAUUUUAUAAAAAGGCAAUAAUUUCAGUCAUUUCCUAAGAUUUCUGCUGAAAUGCCUGACGUCUGUGUGACACUUUAAUUAAUUCAGAAGUAAAAUCCAGUUCCAGCUGAACAAGUGAGGCUUAAAGAGCAGCUCUUUGGCAUCAGAGAUGGAUCUGUUUCCUUUGUUUGGUCUUUGUCUGUAAUCCAUUCCUUUAUACAAGGUUUUAAAUAAAGAUGCUGAGAAACCCCACAAACUGGAG